AAGGCAAGUGUAUAAAAGUGCGUCGCCGGUGGCAGGUAAAUCAGCAGCAUUCGCAUCAUGUCUUCUGCCGAUAACGAGAAGAAGCUUUGGGUUGAGGCCGAGUCCCUCCGCAAGGUCGCCUUCUUUGGCAUUUGCAUCAGUACCGUUGCCACUUUGACCGCAAUUGUCGCCAUUCCAUUGUUGUACAACUACAUGCAACAUGUUCAAUCCACCCUUCAAACCGAAGUCGACUUCUGCAAGCACCGCACCAAUGGUCUUUUCGACCAAUACGAGCGUAUGCAACAGUUGAAGGGAGUUCGUGGAAAGCUUAUCGUCAAGCGUCAAGCUGGAUACGACGCACCUGCCGAUGCCGCUGUUCAAGCCACCACUCAAUCAUCUGGAGGAAGCUGCUGCUCUUGCAAGGCCGGAGCAUCUGGACCACCAGGACCACCAGGAACUGACGGAUCCGACGGAAAGGAUGGACUUUCUGGACCAGACGGACAACCAGGAGCUGAUGCUGAUCCAGAAGCCACCCCAUCCGAGGCCGAUUUCUGCUUCGACUGCCCAGCCGGACCACCAGGACCAGCCGGAAACCCAGGACCAAAGGGACCAUCAGGAAACGCUGGAGCCGACGGACAACCAGGAGCCCCAGGAAACGCCGGAGCCGCUGGAGCCCCAGGAGCCCCAGGACCAGCUGGACCAGACGGACAGCCAGGAUCUACCGGACAAGACGGAGCCCCAGGAGUCGUCGAGGAGGUCGCUGUUCCAGCCGGACCAGCCGGAGCCCCAGGACCAGCCGGAGCCCCAGGAGCCGAUGGAGCCGCCGGAGCCCCAGGACAGCCAGGACAAGACGGACCACAAGGACCAGCUGGAGAUGCUGGAAGCGAUGGAGCCGCCGGACAACCAGGAGCCGCUGGAGAGCAAGGACCAGCUGGAGAGCCAGGAGCAGGAGGAGGCUGCGAUCACUGCCCACCACCAAGAACCGCUCCAGGAUAUUAGAAUGUUGUUAUCUUCUGACUUCAUUUAUGUAUAUUUUCUGUGUUCUUUCUUGUUUUCGUUUUCUCAAUCACCAUGAUUCUCAGAAUAAAUUACUAUAUCAUUC